AUUAGAGUUGCAGGCAGGACAGGUAACAUAUACUGUAUUAUGAGCCUUCCAGGAGAGCAAGGACACAUCACCGCCCCCUCCUCUCAGCGACCCCUCCUGGGCUCAUAGUUCAAGCUAAUCAUUGACAGCACUUUUACAAUCCACUUGUACAGAGGAGUUGCUGAGAUAAGACGGUGCAGCAGCAGCAGCAGCAGCAGGAGUCGGGCAGGAGGCAGCUGAAGGGUCGGGCAGACGCGACUUGAAUGGAACUGUCGCUACAUGAAAGGAAAGAGCCAGAGAGGGCACAAUGGGGGGCUUGUGGCAGGCGGGAUUCUUGCUUUUGCUGCCUAUAAGUUUUGUGUGUGAAGUGACAGGCAGCCCCGGGGAAGGCAGGAGUGUAUGGGGAAGAAACCAUUCCUUGCACCCCACAAAGCAAAGUCAGCUCUUCACAUAUGGCACUUUCCCUUCAGACUUCAUGUGGGGUGUGGGGAGCUCGUCUCUGCAGAUGGAGGGCGAUCACUCCAACAGGGGACAGUCUAUUUGGGACACAUCGCUGAGAGAGCCCGAGUCUUGGUUAGAGAUCAGCAGCAGCAACACCCAGCAGCAGCAGCCCACUGACAGCACCCCCGGACUGGCACAGACCAUCCUACCAGCCUUGCAGUUUCUCGGGGUGAAUUUUUACCACUUCUCUCUUUCCUGGCCCAGACUGUUCCCAGAGGGGAGCGGGACCCCCAGCGAUGACGGGGUGCGAUAUUACAACAAUAUGAUCAACCUGCUGAUCAGUAAGAAUGUGAUGCCCGUGAUCACUCUGUACCACUGGGACUUACCAGCUGCCAUCCAGGAGAGGCACGGAGGCUGGCCCAACGAAACUGUCAUCCACCUGUUUCAUGACUAUGCCAAGUUCUGCUUUCACCGCUUUGGGGAUAGGGUGAAAUACUGGAUCACAAUGCACAAUCCCUACCUGAUAGCCUGGCAUGGCUAUGGCACAGGCCUCCACGCACCUUGGAAAAAGUCGGACAUGCGGGUGGUUUCUCUAGUGGCGCAUAAUCUCAUCAAGGCUCAUGCUAUGGUUUGGCACACCUAUAACUCACAUUUUCGCCAACUUCAGAAAGGCUUCCUAUCAGUAACACUGGGAUCCCACUGGGUCAAACCAGCAAACAGCACGAUAGAGCAAUGCCAGGAGUCCAUUGAAGCUGUUCUUGGGUGGUUUGCCAAACCUAUCCACUACGAUGGCGACUACCCAGAGAGCCUCAAGACAAAACACCACUCCAUUUUACCAAACUUCACAGAAGAGGAGAAAGCUUUUGUCAAAGGGACAUCAGACUUCUUUGCACUCUCCUUCGGAUCGAACAACUUCAAUGUGUCAAACAAUGCCAAUUCACUAAACCUGAGGGGAAUAUUGAGCUGGAUUAAGGUGGAAUACGACAAUCCUAGAAUUCUCAUCAUGGAAAAUGGCUGGUUUUCAGACGGCCCUGUCAGAACAGAAGACACAGUGAUUGUAUAUAUGAUGAAGAAGUUUAUCAACGAUGUCCUUCAAGCUAUUAAACAUGAUUCUGUAAAUGUGUUUGGAUACACCGCCUGGUCCCUGGCAGAUGCAUUUGAAUGGCACAAUGGCUACAAACUCAGACGUGGAUUAUUCUAUGUUGAUUUUCACAACAAAGAUAAACAGAUGAUUCCCAAGUCCUCAGCAUUCUACUACCAGCAGGUUGUUCAAGAGAAUGGCUUCCCCCAGGUUGACUCGGCCUCGGAAGUGUUUGGUCAGUUCCCAUGUGACUUUAACUGGGGGGUAACAGAAUCUGUUCUAAAGGCUGAAUCAAACCCCUCAUCGCCCCAGUUCAUUGACCGCCAGUUGUAUGUGUGGAAUAUAACUGGAGAUGGCAUCCUGCAUGCAGUAAAAGGAGUGAAGUUGAAGACCCGUCCCGCCCAGUGCACCGACUUUACCAGUAUCAGGAAGCAAAUAACAAUGCUGAUAAGAAUGAAAGUCACACACUACAAAUUUGCUCUCAACUGGUCUUUGAUUCUACCCAAAGGAGAUUUGUCUGUAAUUAACUGGGGAGUACUGAGGUAUUAUAGGUGCGUGGUAGAAGAGGCAUACCUUCAUGGGAUCAAGACUAUGGUCAUGCUUUACUACCCAACUCAUAAUUCUUUGAACCUUCCAGGACCUUUACUGCAAAAUGGAGGAUGGUUAAACAAAACCAUAACUCAAGCAUUCGCUGACUAUGCUGAGCUUUGCUUUCGGGAAAUGGGGGACUUGGUAAAGCAAUGGAUCACUGUUAAUGAGCCAAGCAAGCUGGGGCAGUUAUACAGAAGUAGUAAUAUGUCUUACCAGGCUGUGCACAAUGUACUCAUAGCUCACGCUAUGGCUUGGCACACAUAUGACAAAAAGUAUAGAUCCAUUCAACAUGGCUACGUUUCAGUAGCUCUUCAUGCAGACUGGGCCGAACCGGCUAACCCCUUCAUCAAAUCCCAUUCUGAAGCUGCAGAAAGAUUCCUAGAUUUUAAUAUUGCCUGGCUGGCAGAACCGAUUUUUGGCUCUGGUGACUAUCCAGUUCACAUGAGGCAGUACAUAAACGCCAAGAGACAAAGGGGACUGUCCAGUUCUUUCUUGCCUCACUUCACACAAGAAGAAAAGCUCCUGGUUAAAGGAUCGGCUGAUUUCUUUGCCCUUAAUCAUUUCACCUCGUGGCUGGUGCGCCAUCAGCCCCUCAUCGAUUUCGACCAAGACAUCAAACCUUUUACUGACGUGACAUGUUUACAUUCUCCAGGCAAACUGGCAGUCGUUCCCUCUGGGAUGACAAAGCUACUGAAAUGGAUAAAAAGAAAUUAUGGAGACACCCCAAUCUAUAUCACAGCAAAUGGAAUUGACGACCAUGCACCCGAGAAUGAUGAGAUACGAAUAUAUUAUCUGCAACAAUACAGCAGACAUUUGUUACAAGCCUACCGUGAAGAAAAUAUAAACCUGAGAGGUUACUAUGCCUUUAAACUGACUGAUUCUGCAGUACCGCGUUACGGCUUUUACAGCUCUACAAUGAAAGCCAAGCCUUCCGUGGACGCUUAUAGUGCAAUAAUCAGCAGGAAUGGCUUUCUACUGGAUCCGUCCUAUAACAAAUGUGUAAAGACUAGCAGUGGAGCUCAAUGUUCAUUCUGUGAGUUUUUGGAACAGAGGAAAGCCCUAAUAUUCUUCUGCUGUUGCCUCUUUUCCACCACUGUCCUUCUACUGACUGUUACCAUUACACGGAAAUACAAAAAGAGACGCAGAAAACUGCGUGCAGAGAAGAGAAAGCAGUUGGUCUUUGUUCUACCCAGAAGGAAAGACAGUUUCAGCCACUACUGAGCACAAGCCUCAAUGGAACUAAUGUAUAUCUCCCAAUUCACUCCAUUUGUUCUAGUACUUUAUAUGAUUCGGGACUUUGCCUCGUUAAAUAUGUUUUCUCGGCUAAUUUGCAAUCAAAAUAUCAUUACCGGAUCUCAUUGUAGAAUGUAGAUUUGGAUAUAAACCUCACCAUGGGGCAGGAAAGGCAGUGGGACAAUCUCACUGGCCCCUAAACCUAAGCUUGGGUAUGAAUGCAUUUGUCAUAAUGAAACAUUGCAUUAUGGCAGUUUGUGCAAUAAUUAUUAGAUGUUAUUAGUUUCUUGGCCAUUCUCAGUCUGCAUAUAAGACAAUAGGUAUCUGCUCGUCCUCGCUUGGAUCUAUCACGAAAAUGAAAAUUUAAUAUGAGCUUCCUCAUGCUAAAAUGAGAAAUCGUCUAAAUCGUCUAAAUACAAUCAAUUAAAAAUUUUGCAUUGUUUCUGAAAUAAUCAAGUUU